CUGGCAACACUGCACUGAGGUUUUAUUGAAGUCAGAAGGCGAUGUGCAAUGUUUUUAUUAAAAUACAUUUAAAAAUAAAUUUAUCACAAACCUCUUGCAAGUCCUGUCAUAAUUAAUUUAAUUAUAUCUUUUUUUAUCAUAUCAGAAAGUCAAUCGUGUGCAUUUUGCUGCAUAUGUGUUUGUCUAAGACAGUGUCCUACAUUACAUUUUUAAUUCAAAUGGAAGAAAGUUCCGAACCAAAACAGUUUCUUUUUAAAGGAGUGACUUAAUGUUACUCAUCUUUGUUAUGGAAUAUUUUCUGAAGCUCUUUCGCUUUACCAUUGCUUGAGAAACUCUUGUAAUGUUUACUGUACUAGAGAUAGCUUUUAGUGUGGGAGUGCUUGUCACUUUAGUUACAGCAUUCUCAUUAUGUGUGUGUGGCUGCAAAAACUCUAAUCAGAAAAGUGAGUUGGUGGGCACUGCCGGUGUAGUCAAAAUAUGUUUCGAUGAGGAAGUACCAUCCCCAACGCCCACCACUCCUGCCUCUAUCAAGCGAGCUUCAACUCAAAACAGUCAACGGAGCUUGCCAGAAAUACCUCAUCCUGUUGGCAGGCACGAUAGCGGCGACACUGCUUCGGAAAUCUAUGCUACCGUAAAUCUCAAUGAAGGAAACAAAACUGUGGCAAACGCGUCCACGAGUCGAGGAGAUCACCCCUACGAGCGAGCCUAUGCCAAAUUACAAAAUGAUUCUCGUAAUGUCACCGUUGAAAUGGCAGCAGCAGACCAAGGGUCAACAGAGAGAGAAAUUCAAAUAGAAGAACGCGAAGCAGCUCCAUCAGGUCCGGAAUCGGUAGUAAUAUCCGCAUCGGUAGCUAUAAGCGGACAGUUGCCGUCGAGUCAAGAGUUGCCUUACAUCACGCCGCCCUCGCCGCGUCCUCACACCGACACUCACACGCACUUUAGCGGCGACUCCACGGACUCUGCCAAGGGUUACACCAGCAUUUCAGUACGAGAGCCGUUAAGCAAUAUUCGCGCGCAAACCACCAAGGCGCCAGCGCAGCCGCACUAUGCUACUGUAUCCGACGACUCUGACGAAAUGUACGCCGCGAUCGAAGAGGCGAGCGUUGGCGAAGGAUCUGACACGUACGCACAAAUAGCGCCCGAGCCGCGCCGACGCGAGCCCAGCGAACUGAGGUCUGACGCCAGAAGGAGUGCUCCGCCCGAAAUUGGUGCUUCCACAUCGAACGCAACUCAUUCCAGACAAGCAUCGUCAUCGUCGUGUUCCAACUCGACGGGCGCCCUAGGCUCCCCUAAACCGGAGAAGCGGCAGGCCAACUCCCCCCUGCCGCCCCCGCCGGCUCACCCCGCGCGACCGGUAGAAAACGCCCAACAAAAGCAUCAACGCAUAUCUAGCACGGGUGACCUCUUCAGUCACGACAAGCUGCGACGCAGCCUCAACGAAAAACACCAACGAAACAACAGUUGCGUCAGCUCAUCUGACUUCUACGGUUGCAACUAUCCCGUGGAGAAGCAUAGAUUUAGCUCGGGCGAACUCAUACGGCCGUUGGUCGCCAAAGAGCUGAAUUUCGACAUAGACCAAAGGGACGUCCCUGCCGACAACUUAUACAACUCCAUAGACGGCCCCGGUUACAGUGACUACUCGUCAGCCGAGGCGAAUACAAGCAUGAACUCCGAACAACGAAUCACCGAAAGCCCGUCGCGCAACGUCGAAGAAAUGUACGCGAAAGUGAUAAAGAAAACGAAAGGGAAAUCUGAAGAGAGCGCGCGCAGAUCCAAAGAUCUCACCAACGCCGAUAAAGAAGCGAGCACGUCGAAAUACCGCGGCGACGAUCCCGGCUACGAGACCAUAGACCGCAAGAAAUCCAUCAACUAUGGCUACGAAACCAUAAGUCACAAAGAGCGAAAGACUUCGCAAAACCAAGACCCGGGCUACGAAACAGUAAAAGACUACAACAAAACGGGACCUAACACUAAUUUCACGAACAAUAACUUGCUAAAGUUGAAUCAUGUUAACGUAGACAGUGGUCCCAAUAGCAUAAUGAGCAGUGACGCUGGAUACGAGCAUAUCGCGAAGACUGACAAUAACGCUUCCGAUUCGGAUCCGAACUACGAAGUGUUGAGGAAUCAACCUCCUACGCCGCCGUAUGCCACGAUAGCGCCCAACUAUAAAGUGCAACCUACGUACUCGGCAGUUAAUAAAAGACCGAACAAAUAUAACAAUUGGCCGGCGAACAAUAACGACGAGCCUACUGUUGAACCGAACUACGAGUCAAUGCCGCACGACCCUUUAUACACGACGGGGAGCGAAUCUGAUCCAAAUUAUGAAUCGGUACGGCCCAAAGAUCCCAAUUACGAGAGUGUGAACGCACAAGAUCCCAAUUACGAGUCAUUGAGAUGUAAAGACCCCAAAUACGAGUCUGUGCGGUCUAAAGAUUCCAAAUACGAUUCGGUGCGGUCGAAAAAGGACCCUAAUUACGAGAGCGUUAAGUACUUCGAGUUGUCGAACAAAGAACCGCCUUACGAGAAGGUGAACAAUGAAAUGGGUACCAGUAGCGGUGUUGACAGAUCCGACUCUUCAGCGGGGUAUGAAAAAAUCAACGUGGCCGGCAACAGGGAACCAAAAAACAGUAUUAGUAAUGGUGCUGACGCCACCGUUAGUGAUUACUUUCAAGUAUGAAGGGGCAAAUUAUCAAGGACUUAUGGAGAAGUGGCAAUCUGAGGUAUUAAUCUGAGAAAAAGACCAGCGCUCUAAGAUUGUGCGGUUUUAUUUAUUUAUAUUUGAAUAGGUGUUUAAAUACAAUUGCAAUACCUCAACGGUAGGAUGUUAUGAUAUGUAAUAUCUUCCUUAGGCAUCUGUGAUAUUUAUUAUGAUUGUACUUUGAAUAUUUAUUAUUAUUAUUAUUAUUUUUGUAUCGUAAUGGGAAAUUCUUUGAAGCAACAACUGAAAUAGGCAAAUGAAUUUUUUUCCAAAUAAAGAAAGCAAAAGAAAUACUUCAUAAUUAUUAUUUUGUAAUCUCCAUUGAUAAGUUGUGUUCAAGAGGAGUAUUCUUUUAAAGUUGCCAAUAUCGAAGUAUGUAUCUAUUGCAUACAUUUUGUACAAAAUGUAGAUUGUACAUAAUUUUAAUUUGUAGGUAUUUAUACUAGUUUUAAUACGAUGUAUAAUAUACAUAGUAAUUAAGAUUCCAUUUCGACUGGAGUUUUGUCAGUACACAAUUUUCAGCAGCACCAAUGUUAAACAGUAUGUCCAUUUUCUGGAAUAUAAAUACAAAUUUUAAUAUUUAUACAAAAUGUAUGUUUAAAUAUGAAUGUAUUUAAGGCGUAAGACUGGGGCUACACUUUAACCUAAGACUGUUUUUUUAUGGGAUAUUUCAACGAUUGUAUUUUAUUAUUUAAUUAAGUAUAACUACGAAAGCUGUUUGUAUUAGCGAAAUGCAUUUUUAAUACAUACAAUUGAAAAUUACAGUCAAAUCUUUAGAUGUAAAAUCUUUUAUGCUAUCUUGUAAACUUGUAUUGAGUCAAAAUACUUAUGUUUUUACUAAUUAUCUGUUCAAGUAUUUUAACAUAUUUCUGACAUUAUUUUUCUUGAAAUGAGAAACUCGAAUUUGAUAUUAUUCUUGCAAUUUGCAAUAAUGAUGAAAAUGUGAAAUGAUGUUUUGAAUUGAUUGCUUAUCUUUUUAGUGCAUUUUAUUAGUAUUUAUACGCAUGUCCAUUAUUUUUAAUUAACUUAUCUGCAAAUUUUUUAUUAAUUAUAAUGUCAUCGUAUGAUGGUGCGCAUUAAGCAUUUGUAAGAAAAUUAAUUUCAAAGCACAAUACAAUCAAACAGCUUAAAUGCGAUUUUAUGUGUAGUGGCAUGUAGCAAAAAUAUAUGUAGACUUAGUACAUUUCACUUAGUAUAUUUUAAUUAAAACGGGAAGAUAUUCAAAAUAGUAAAGUCAUGCAUAGAAACGGUGCCUAAAUUGUUUCUGCGUAGGCAGCAUAAACACUUAGCGUGAGUUUUAACAGCUUAGUUUAACUUCAACUGUUCAGUUAAAAUAUUGGUAAUGUAAAAAAUGGGUUGCACCAUUUUAACGUUAGUAAAAAUGAGGUUAUAAUGAGGGUUACCCAUAGAGGUAUAAGAAUAGAGUGGGGAAGGCGGCUCUAAAAAUGUCCGUCUAGUAGAAAGAGAAAGAAGAAGAGAGACCGCUAGCUAUCUCUCUCUCUUGUCUUGCAUGGCAUCCAAUGGCAUCAUAUCGAAAUCGUAUGAUGGUUACGGUUGCCAAUGCGCAUGCGCGAUUAGAGAGAGAAAGCUAGCGGUCUCACAUCUUCUUUCUCUUUCUAUUAGAAGGACACUUCCACUUGUAGUAGAGUCUAUACCUCCCCUACUCUAUUCUUAUACCUCUAUGGGGCUAUCGCGUAUGAAUCCGCCGCUAGCGGCGCUUGUGUAGCGUGAGGUCUCAAAAACGUCAAAUAUUAUUAUAUUGCUUGUGGGUUGACUACACGGGUUUAUUUCUAAUUAAAAUAAUGUUGUGAAUAUUUGGCAGUAACUCAGAUUAAUUACUACUAAUAAAUAUGGGUUACAUGUCGAUGAAUGUCAGCUAUUUAAAAGCGGAGCUAAGAAAAUUUUGUAUGUCCUCCUUUUUUCUAAACAAAACGGAUCUGCGCAACACUGUGACAUGGCCUAUAAUUAUGUUAACGAUACCGCAUCUUUUGUAUUAAAAUAUGAUUAAAAAGUAAAGAGUAAUAUCACGGGCGUAUUAACAAACUUUAAAAGCUACACUUCAGGACCUCACUCAACAGUGGCGCCAUCUGGUGAGACAAAAAACGAUAACCCUCAUUCGACAGUGACAGUAGUGUCGAUUCUGGCAUGAAUCUGCAAACCUAAACUUUAAUUUGACAACAGUGUAUCCUUGUCAUUGUCUAUACAGAAUGAAAAGAAGAGACUGACGUUAAAUUAAGUUUUAAGUAAGAGAAUCAUACCAGAAUCGUCACCAUUAACUGUCUAAGCGAAGCCGUAUAAUUUAACUUUUACUAGCUCUGUGGUGCAACUCACACUUAAAAUUUAAUACCUACCUACUAAAAUAGAAUGAAUCUAAAAAGUAGGUACUCUUAAAGUAUACUAAUUAAUAAAUAAGGUAUUACUGUUUAAAAAAACGAAUAUCAGUGAAUAUACUGAUAUUAUUCAUAUUUCUUAGUACCUAAAUAACCAAAAAAAAGUCACAUAUUUUUACCAAUGAUAAUAUGUAUAGACUCAUCUCUCAUCAAGUUACUACAAUCUUUACAAUUUUCUCGCUUGAUUUUAAAACUUAUAUAAAAAGCUUUAUAAAGCUUAAAGUCUGUUGGAGAAAUUUGACAGUUUUGGGUAAUUCGGCCUGUGACUCUGUCUUAACAGUGAAUGGACAAAUUUAUUUAUCUUCGCUGGCAUUCUAGAAGUGAGAGAAAGAAAACGUAUUUUUAUGUACCUAACUUUUUAUGUAUCAAAGAACGUUGGCUACCCUGACCCCAUCCUUACUCAAUGGCAGAAACAACACUACAAAAAGAUAAUGGUGUUGAUUCUGGCAUGAUUCCCUAAACCUAAACUUAAAUUUGACAAUAGUUUAUCGUUCUCAUCUAUACUUAAAAGAAAAUGGUAGGAAAAACUGUACAUUGAAUAUUUUUUAAAAGAAUACUUGGGGUGUGAUCUACAAUCGAUAUCGAAGCCAAAAAUAUAGUUUUAAGUAUUUUUGUCCGUUUGUCUGUAUGUAUGUCCGGAAUGAACUCAAAAAGCACUGCAAGGAUUUACUUAAAAUUUGGCACGAAUGUUAUUAAGAAAUCGGGUCAACAUAAAGGCUACAUAUUAUCAUGCUAUCACCUAGGGGGAACGAGCAGUGAACCUUUAUUUCUAACUAACUCCACGCGUACGAAGUCGCGGGCGGCCGCUAGUUCUCCAUAAAGAAUGAAAAGGAGAGACUGAUGUUAAAUUUAGUUUUAAGUUUAGAGAAUCAUGCCAGAAGCAACACAAAUGUUACUUCACUGUGAUCUUCUGUAAGGUGCAGGUUAGCUCCCCAGACAGGCAGACCCCUCUUUCCCAGUGGGCACUUUGGGGCAAGUGCCCAGGGCCCCGCGAUCGGUAGGGGAAAAUACAAAGGCCCUAUUUCCUAUUAAAUCACCAAACGGGGGCAAAGGGGCCCCAGUAUCCUAAUAUGCCCAGGGCCUCCAAUGGGUCAAAGACGUCACUGCAGACAUAGGGAAGAUGCAAUAUUUUUAUUUUUGUUUUCAUUUUAUAGAAUUCCAUGUAGAAUAAACCACAGAUAUAUUAAAAAAUUAAAACAUUGUGAUUUAUCGGAAAAAAUGCGGUUUUAAAUUGACAAUUUAAAUUUUCGCGCGAAAACGAACCUAUGGUUGCGAUGACGUCACUCCUGUCUGUCACUGCUCGUACUUGUUCGUUGCUGUCUUUAAAUUUUCAUACUUUUGCAUAUUUUUUCGACUUUCGAAAUAUUUUUUUUGAAAAGUUUAAAAUGGACUAUCCAUCAACAUCAUGUGAUCAUAACAAUACCACUAAUAUUCCGAAAAAAAGGUGUGUUUACUCUUGUUUUGUGCCAAUCUACUUCAACAAAGUUCCCAAAUAAAAUGUUUUUGACUGGAACUUCUGACCCAAAACUGAAAAAAAGUGUGAAACCACUUUUUUGCUGCGAAGCUGCGAAGAGAAAUGAUAAUUAUUCUCCAAAGACCAUUAUUCGAUGCUGAGAAGAUCACUUUGACGUAAGUCGGCGAAUAUACUUGUUAUAUGCUUAAUUAAUCUGCUUGUACGUAAAAACGCAUUAGUAACCUACCUAAUAUUUACAUAACCUGUCUAUAACAUAUUUUUAAUUUUACAGUUGGAGAAUGACGACGAAAAUUAGAUAAAGUUUAAAAUGUGUGGCACAAUCUUCACAUUGGCAGGACUGAACUAAGCUUUGCGUUUCAUUUAAAAUAACUGUAACACGAUAUCCUUCUUUACGUACUUUAUGCUCCGGAGAACUCGACCUUCUACUGUACAUAAUUCUCCAUCUCUUUUAAUUUGGACAUAGCCGAUUGCAUUAUCGCCAUAAGAUUUGUAGAAGCCGCUAAAUAAAAUACGAAGUUUAACAACUACGAUUUUUACAUACCGUAGUAAUUUAGUCCCUUUCAUUUCUACACUUAAAAACUCUGCACUUUGGACAAAAAAAGUUAUAACCAUGUCAACGCUAACUCUUGGUAAAUUCCUGGAGUCUGCUUUGAUAAACGCAACUCUCAUUUUUAUUAAAUGUAAAAAAACGCAAUAAAUAUUCCCAUAAAAUAAUAUUUACUUUAACAACCAUAACCUCAAAGAAGUUGUCAUAACAGGAGUGACGUCACUAAACGCUGAUUGGUGUUUUAAAAUACGUUCCGUUUCAAGUAUUUUUAAUUCGUAAUAAUUGUUAAAAAACAACAUUAUGUAAAAUAAAAAAGUUGCAGUGGCAUUUCUUUUAUAUUUUUUUAACAUUUUAAUCAUAAAAUUAUCAUAAAUAUUAUAUAUGCAUCUUCCCUAAGUUUAAUGUACUUAAGAAAAGAUAUUAACAGACUUUUUAAAUUGAAAAUAUUUCUGGUGCUUUAUUUACACAAACGGUCGGUACUAUUAAUAUUGUAAUUAAUUUCAUGUCGGCACUUUACUCAUACUUUAUUUAGUUUAGAAAUACCAAACACGAAUAGCCAAGUGAAGUACUGGCAUCAAAAUCUUAGUGGUAAUUUAAUUUAAGAUUACAAAGACGUCAUGUAAUGAUAACGAACGUUGAACUAAUCCUAUUUCACUUUCACUUGAAAAAAUCAUGUAAAUUACUUUUUAUCCAUUCAAGUUCUGCAGUUUGUCUCAAUCGACUUUAAGUAAACUUCAUGUGCUAGUUUAGUAUUAAGUUUCCAUGUUAGUGAAUUUUUAUUUGUUUUCUAUUGUUAUGUUGAUAUUAUACAUAGUUAAGAAGUAAUAAAAUAAAAAAAAUGUACAUAGGUAAUUAUGAUUGAUUGAUGGAAAGAUAUUUUUAAGUACCUGAACUGUAUGAAUUGUUUCCGUUUUUAUAUUUUUGCACAACGAAUUUAGCUUGAUUCGCUACAAACAAUUAAAGAACACUGUCAAUAGCAAAUAUCGGUAAUUAUCACUUCUUUCUUUCAAAAACGUUCAGUGAACAUUGUAAAUGUUAAAAAAUUUAGCGAAUAUGUCACCAGGAUACGUAUCUUCGUGGCGUUAUAAUAAAGCAGUAGUGGAUCAAUAGCUCGGUGGCUUAACUUCCUUUUGUCAAAAACCGUUAGCGAUAAGGCUUCGGGUUUCAUACUCAGCAUUGUUAGGUAAUAAUACCUACUGUCUUCACAAUUUUUAGUCAAUUGUAUCUUGAAAUUAAACUAAAUAUUUAUUGGCCUCAAACUGUAUAUCAAGUCUGGGUUUUUUUUUAAUAUUUUUAAGAUAGUAGCUAUUAUAAGUUAAAUGGGAUGUACACCUAAUGAAAAUAACGAAGGUUUUAAAUAAGCAAGAAAUCGAGACAUUACUUUAUAGCUCCGUUGGUAAGUGUAAAUAUUAUAGAUAUUGAUAAUGUAUGUAUGUAUUACUGUAUUACAUAAUGCGAAAUAUGUCUGCAAAAUAUAAACAUAAAUCCAUUCCAAUUGUAUUUACAGUGGCAAAAAUAUUUCAAUAAAUAAAGUACCUACAUGCCAUAAACUUAUUUCUUAUUGUUUAUUUGUAUUUAUUUUAAGCAUUUAACUGUUGGAUGUUUAAAUCUAUAGAAAAUUUUACUAGGAAAAAAAUAAGCAUUCUUUUGUCGAUGGUCAAUACUUAUUCAAAAUUACCUGUUGCUUGCUAUGUAUAAAUUUUUUACUUAUUUUUCUUUAGGGUCUUUAAAAUGCGAUUCAACUAAGAAUAGGACCGACUGGGCGUCAUAUUGUGACGUCAUAGCUGUCAAUUCAAACCAAAUAGGUAGAGUGAGCAAAAAAAGUUUUUGUAAUAUAUAAUAUAAUAAAACUUAUUUACUUAGAUUAAGUAGGAUAAAACAUCAGAUAUUUUAAUAAAAUAUAUUUACUAAGAUUGAGAAAAAAAAGCAAUAUUCAUUUAAUAAUAUUUAUUUAUUAAGACUGUGUGAGAAAAAAACAUUAAUCAUAAUCUAGCUCUUCAAAUCCGCUUAUCUCUGCAUUUCCGCCGGAGUAGUUAUGAAUAAUAAUCAUGCACUAUUACUAGGUCACAUAUGAACAUGCAUCCUUUAAGUAAACGAAAGUUUUAAAUCGAGUUUAUGAACGCAACUUAAAGUGACAUUUGGUUGACGAUUUAGGUUAUCAACCAGUCAUAGCCAAAGCUCAAUAAAUGAAAAAAAAUAGCAAACAAUAUUAAUUAUCAAUAUUUGUUAUUGUUUGUUUACAAAUGUUUGGUUUUUAUUCUAGAAUUAGGUGGGUGCUAAAAAAGGGUUCCAAGACUUUUUUGCAAGCCGUACUUUUCAAGUGACGUUUGAUAGAUGGAGGUCAUUGGCUUUCCUAUUCUUAUUUGAAUCGCAUUAUACUUAUGUCCCAAUUAUGCCUGUUAUUGUUUAAAUUGGAUUAAAUCAAAUAGGGAAGACACGGUACGCUCUUUACUUGCCUCAAAUUAAAAAUGCUCCGAGUCAACUACUCUCUCUCUCUCUCACACACACACACACACACACACAUUUAUAUAAAUUCAAUCGACCGAUCGAGACAGAAUGAUACGCUUCAACCUUCCUUCCUUCCUUCAACCUAGAUCUAUCUGACUAUCGUCGAAGUCAGGCGAGGCAAGGUUGCACGAAUUUACGCGAGGCGUGUGACUCGCCUUGUGUCACCUGGACACCUGGAUACUUUCUCGUGUCACCACCACGAGGUGACACGAGACAGUAUCCAUCUUCACUAUCGCCUCUGUUCAAUUCUCUCUGUGCGCCAGCAUAAUGAACGUGCUCGAAGUGGCAAGUGCCGCGACUUUAAUGCGUUUUUGCGUAUAUGAUUUUUGAUAACAUAUAGUUCACUUAUAAAAUUAAAAAGCCUUGGCGAAGAAAGCGAUGGUGGAUAAGAUCUUUACACCGUCACAGAACAAGAUAUAAGUAACAAUUUUAUUUUUCAGGUGAAAAUACGAUUACUAUGUGAGUAUUUUUAUCGUUUUUUUUCUAAUAAAAACUCUCCAAAAAAAUGUUACUCAAUCUCACUAAAAUUUCCGGUGGCAUACCGAUUAAAUAAACGCGAGAAUCAGUGUUGCCACCUUGGAUUUUUUUAAGGCUCCAAGUCAAAAGUCAAAAUCGCCAGAUUUAAUAAAAUACACCAAAAUCCGCUAAAUUACAUUACAUCUCUGAUAACAAAAAACCCUAAUUUAAAUAAAAAACCAGUGAGUAUGUAUGAGAUACUACAGAAAUAACUGUGAGUAACCACAUAGAACAUUAUGAAAUUUCGGAAAGUUAGGGCAUUCCCCCUUAAAAAUAUGUUGCUAGAUUUCAUGUUAAAAAACCACUAAAAAAAUUUACCCGCUAGAUGAUGAAAAUAUACCACUAGGAGCCGUGAAAAAGCACCAGUUCUGGUGGAAAAACCACCAAGGUGGCAACACUGGCGAGAAUGUGGACGCCGCGCCUCGCCUCGUCCCCCCUCGCCUCGUACCUCGCGCCCAAAAACCGACUCCAGUCGGAGGACAGACGAGACGAGCCGAGGCGCGGCGAUGUGACGCGAGGGUACCCACUACUCUCUCUCUCUCUCGUGCUCGCAUUCCCUCGUUUAAUUUAACCUCGGCGAGAGUGUAGUGCUAGCAUUAGAUUAAAACAAAAAGGGAAGAUACGGUACCUACGCUCAUACUAGCAUCAAAUAAAAUAUGAUAAGCCUCGACUACAUAAGCAACUCUCACACACGCACACGUAUGUAAAUAUAAUUCAAUCGAGCGAGCGAGACAGAACUGUACGCUUCAACGCAGACCGAGCGACACUGCCGGAUUUAGGGGAGGGCAACCGGGGCGAAAGCCCCGGGGCCUCCACAAACGGGGGGGGGGGGGGGGGGGGGGGGGCACAAUAGAGACUUCGGAAAAAAAGCUCGAAAGGUUCCGUUCGUUAACUCUAAGAUUUAAUUUCAGAUAAUUCUUGUUUUCGUUUAUAUUUAUAUGUGUUUGUUCAAUACUAAGGGAAUCUACUUGGUUUACAAUAAAUUAUUUAUUGAAAAACUCAACUGAAAAAAAAUUGUUUACUUUAUUUGGAAAAUAAUUUGGGGUGAGGGGGCCACCGCUCCUCUGUUGCCCCGAGGCCUCUGAACCUCUAAAUCCGGCCCUGCCGAGCGAAACGGCGAAUCGGCUUCCGAGUGCGUACGGCUGAGCUGUAUUGUUUGUUGUCCUUUUCUUGAUAACAAAAUGGCGAUUCGUAAAUAACAUUCACGACAAACCGUGACUUUUGAGAAAAAAUGAUUUUACAGUGUUACGAAUGAGAAGUGUUGCCGAGGCAUUUGUUAUUUGAUUUUGAACGACAUAUUUGUGUUAUUUAUAAAAGCAUCGAAGGAAUUGUUUUAUUCUUCUCUUCUUUAUUCUUCGUUUAUUCUGAACUUCGACACCCGAUGACGGGGCGCGUGGGACGACAGUGUCCGUGGGGCCAGCGCUGGAUGUCGAUGGUGUUGGGGGCGCUGGUGUAACGGCCGCCGUGGUUAGAGCCCCAAGUGGUGCUGAGGGGUCGGACGUCGGCGGAGUGUCGACGUACUUCCUCUUGGCGUUCCUGAUCUUCAGGUACACCGACCCAAACAUGAAGCUGAGUCGGCGUCCCCUAGCCAGGAUCGCAGGCACAACGUCCUCAGGGAUCGAAACCACAACGAAUGUGGCCCCGAUGGUAGGCUGCUGUUGGAUGCCGUUAAGCAGCCAACGUUCGGGUUUCAGCUCCGGAUUCCCGAUCUGCAGGCAUUUGCCUAGCAAAACUUGAUGGUGCUACCAGAGCUUGGGCAGCACAAAACCAUACCUAACUCUUUUGGGGAUCUCGUCGUCCCGGAGGACCACAAGCUCACCCAGCUCCGAGUCAUGGAUGUCUCAUAUUACCUGUUGGAACCACAUAAACGUAGCGUUGUUGGUGCACGUGAAGCGAAGGCACCCGUCCGCAUAGAGGGAUUUCUCACUGAACGCUAGACCCUCCCUUAAACAGGCUGGACGUUCUGUGCUCAUCGCCACCUGUAAAAAGGCUUCUUCAAGCUUCUCCUCAAUCAGCUCCGCCGUCGAUCUCGAGAUGAACCCGGUCUUCGACGUAACGGCGCAUCUGAUGAGAGCCGAGGAGGCUGCAGCCGCCGCAUAGGAUUUUGGGGCGGUCCCGGUCGCCGUCGUCUUAAGGGGUCACGGGAGACCCGUUUGAGCUGCCGUCUUCUUCGCGUCCGCUCCCUCUGCCUCUCCAUACGCGUGGAGGCCUGGCCGGAUGGUGCGGGGGUCCGAGUUGCUUCUACCUUCCUCGCUCCUUUCCUAGCCACGACCGUCCACUUCGGCUCCAGCAGUUUGUGUGUGUCCUCGAUCUGAGGUGUAGAAGAGCUUUCCUCAAGCAAGCAUUCCGAUUUCUCGGUUUGCGAGCGAGCAGCUGUGCCCUCUGGUUUCCCAUCGGGUGUUGGUAGAACUUUGAACCUGUGUGUGUGUCCAUUGUUCGUGGUGUAUAACUUCAUCCAGUCGGAUUCCCACCCUCCUUGGAGCCCGCACAUUUGGGAGUGCCCAUAGUGGUGCACUAGGACUACCGACUGGAUAUAGGAGCAGAGAGGUGUCAGGUGCGACAUUGGAAGCUCGAAGUGUAUGGCUGGGUUACCGAUUCAGAGUACCCCAGUUGUUCCACACACCCGUGCCUCGUCAGCAUGAGCUUAACCAAUUAGAGCGGCAAACCGCCCCAGACCCCUCCACUCCUCGCUGCGGCCCUCUGAUGGGACGCGUGACCGUAUCCCCUCUGGCGCUACCCAAAGAGGCUGCCGUUUCUGUUGAAAUCCGGACCAAAGAGGGUGUGUUGUGUCGCGAAGUUACUACCGCCGACCUCGCUUCACUCAACCCUCCAGUACUCCUUCAUCCCCCCUUACGGCGCUCAACUGCGCAGGCCUUAGCGCAGGAGAGGCUAAUAGUCUACCGCGCCGCCUCCCAUUUCCCGGUAGAGCCUUUGUUAGGUUCGGCCUUGGGGAGUGACAGGAUUUAGGAUGAAGAAGGGGCUAAACGAUUAGUUGGAAUUGGAAAGAAAGGACUACGGAUCACAGGAAGUAUCUCCCAUGAUGUUGGAGUGCAUCAAUGGGAUAGCAUUACUAAAUUCAGCUACGAGGAUCCCAGGGUAGAUAUUAGUGUACGUUUACAGAUCCAGGUAUUACCGGGGUGAACGACGUGGACGUAAGUGUCGCCGCAGACGGGCCACUGACCACAAACACAAAACGCCGCCACCGGCAUAUUACUUGUAGUUUUCAUACUUUUUCUAUGGACUCGCCACACACGGUACGCCGUGGGUCGCCACACGCUACAAAUCGUCGUUGCUCGCUUCUUGUGGCCCGCACCGGCCACUUAAUGCGCCUAUACAAAACGCCGCCACACGUCACUCGCGCGAUUCCCCACCCCUCUCUCCCUUACCUUAGUUGGCCGCUGUCGCGCGCUUCAGCCACUUUAGUAGCCGCUUUUAGCUUCUCGUGGCGGCGUUUGUGGCUGUGGCGCGUGGCCCGUGUGCGGCGACACUAAGAGUGACACUUGACGGCAGACGUGAGUUACCCAACAACGUACACUUGGGCACACAUCAGCCCCCCCGUUUUUAAUACUUUGAUUAUUAUUCUUUAAAAAAAUUAAGAAGUUUGUAAAUAGACACUUUUGAUGCAGAUGGUAGUAAAUAGACACUUGAUAAAAAAAUAUUUGUAAAUAUCUGUUUUUGAUGAGAAAUGUUCUUGCAUACAUAAUAGACAGCACUCAGAAUACGAUUAACUUUCUUUCUUGUUGAUUUUGGCACAUAGUUUCCUCUUCUUUGUGGAUCGCGAGGAGUGAGUAGCCGAGUCAAGUAAUAUGUCUUGGUCAAUUUUUUUCGUAGACAUAUAAUAAUAAUUAUUAUUUAUUCCAUAAAAAUAUGGUAUAAAAGUGUUUGAUUAUUCUCAUGUCUCACAUAUUUUAGUGUUAAACAACAGUUUUUAAAUCAAAUUAUAUAUACCUAGAAGCAUGGACUUAUAAAAAAAGGCGGACAGAGUCC